CGAUCGAUUGAUAAUCCGAUUUUCGCCGAAAUACUAUCAAAAUGCUCGAUUUUAAAUCGCGAACUUUCUAGCGAUCGAAAUAUGGGUUUAGCCGAAAUGGGAUGUUACAUGAGUUGAAGGAAAAAGGGAGAGGAGACCUUGAGUGAGAAAACCUUGAGUGAGAAAGUAACGAGCAAGAAGAGAGAAGAAGUUAGGGUUUCACUCCAAGGCAAAGAUUUGGGAAAAUCUUCUCCAAAGGAAGAUCUCUUCUGCACAAGGAAGGAUUCAAGCAUCUCCAUGAUGGUUUUUCUUCUUCCUCCUUGUGUUUCCCUCUCGUAGCAUGGAGGAGUUUCCCUUUUCACUUGGGUGUUACCUUGUGAUUGAUUGUAUGGGAUGAUUGUCUAUGUGUGGGUGUGUUUUAAUAUGAAUUUGGAGGUAUUUUCAUGGAAGAUUGUGUUGUGUUUGCCUAUCAAUUUAUUUGCUAUUCUAAACUAGGUAGAGAGAAAUCCUCCUUUUUGUAAAAGAGGCUUGUAAAGCUGGGUUUUCUUAGGCAAAUCAUGUCUCCUGUAUAGGUUAAUGUAGGGCAUCCCUCCUUGUUUGUGUUGGCACCUAAGUUGAUUGUGUUUUGGCCGUCUGAAUUCCGAUUCGAGAGUGAAGGUUUGGUAGUCCUUAGUCGAUUAGGCCAAGAGAGCUACCUUGAUAUCUUAAUCCGAAUUCCUUGGCCUAGAGACAGUGAGAGUGAUGUUCCAUCACUACCUACACUUCUCUUACGGUUCCCAAUCACCUCCACCAUACAUUUUCAGUCAUUCCGACAAGUCAUGGUAGUGAGUUAGGGGGAGCUAAGCCCUGGUGAAUCCUUCUCAUUUAAGAGUCAACCAAUUACUUUUACAACCGCUUUAAUAGUAGAUCGUAGUUUUCAAUCAAACAACCAAUCGCUAGAUAAUGUUUCAAACAAUCGAAGUAGGGGUAUACCGGCCCGGGUUGAUACUUAAACAUACUUGCCCUAUUGCACCCAAUUAAGGUUUAUACUUGGGACCUAAUUGAGAUAUUUAUUGUGAUAUUGGGGCGAGUCACAAGCAAAGUGGGCGAAAGAAGAAAAGCCUUUGCCUUUGGUGUUACUUACUUGAAUCUGCAUGGAGGAAGGCAGAGAAUCUGGAUAUCCAAUUUGGGAAAAGUUCGAGUUCGAUUUUUCCAACUUUGAGGCAAUAUUGAUUGGAAUGAGUUGGAGUUCGCCGUCUUUCCCGUCCACCUCCAUUGUUGGGGCCAUUUCCCUCAACUUCUUUCACCAUCAGAGGAGGCCAUUACCCUCAAUUUCUCAAUCUCCUCUAGGCAACCAUUCUGCCCCAUAUCAAGAACGUUUAGCUGGGAUAAAAGAGAGAUGUAACCUUAGAUUUCACCGGUCAAGCGAUUCGAAUGAAUGUCGAGCACGUGGAGACUUGUACUGUUGCCAAGCUCCUUUGAGAAAUCCGUAAGCCCUCGAAACUUCAUCGGAGAAGGAAUUGGAGGUGAGAUUGAGAUGUUGAAGAGCAACUAAGAUGGUGAAACACUCUGGAACAUUUCUAGACAAUUUGUUCUCCUCGAGAGAAACAACUUCCAAGCUCGGCGCCACAAACAGCUCGAUGGGCAAUUCUAUGGAAUUAAAAUGAAUAAGUUUUAUUUUAUUUUUAUUGAUAGUGAUAAUGAGGCGGAAAGUUUAAAUAUUUUUAUUUUUUAUUUUUAAAUUGCCACGUCAUACAUUUAACGGUCAACUAUGAGUGUUGACUACCACAUCAGACAAAGUUAACAUAGUUGGACGGAGAGUGACUAAACAUGACAUGUUUUACUAAAUCUAGUGACCAUGAAUGAAAUUAAAUAUUUUUAGUGACCAAAGAUGAACGUUUUUAGUAAUGCAGUGACCAACCUAGUCAUUUACCCUGCUUGUUCCGAUCCUGAUUUCACUAUAAAAUCUAUAGAUCUAAAAAUUCUACACUUUUCACAAUUUAAAUCUUUAAAAUAUUAUAAUAUUACGAUUCAAAUCCUUGGGUCAAUUUACUUAUUUUCCCACAAAUUUGCAAAAUUACGCCUUUUUUCUUUCUCCUCCACCAACAUCAUCUAGUUCUCUCGCACUAACCACAUCGACAAUCAUCAAUUCACAUUAAUGUAUUAAUCAUCAUCUAUUCACCACUUCCUUAUUAAUAUUAUUCCAUCUUUAUUUUUAUAUGGAUCUUAAAAUCUUACGAUUUUACGAUUGUUAUUUUACCCCCAUUUUCGAUUAUACGCAAAAUCCUGAUUUGGAAUGCUAUGCCACUUGCGGCUCCGCCAAAUAAGUUUUUCAUGGAGGAAACCCCCCAAAAAGCGCUAUUAAUAUCAUGAUCUCCAAUUCUUCCAUAGCUUCAGAAGUACCGAACAACGAAAUAGAUCAAACAAAGAAGUCAGAGACGCUUCCCCGCAGUAGGGGUUUCUAAAUCCCUGAAGGAGUAAGCUACAAAUCACUAUUUAGACGAUCAUGGAAACUCACCCCAUCACUAAAACAUAACAAUUACUGAUAACAAGGGAAUACCCCACAAAGAAAGUUAUCAAAACACAAUAAUGUGCCAAAACAAAGCCUACAUGGAGUGAAAUUCCAAAACCCAUGACCACUCACUCAACAUAGACGGACUAUUUGGAAGCUUCAUCGAACAAACAAAAUCCAAAAUCCUAAUAUAGCCUGAAACCCAACAACAGCAAAAUAGCAGGAAAAGUGAGAAGGGAGAAGGUGCGACGCUAGGGUCUGGUCCAGCGGCUAGGUGUUGUAGUCGGUGUUGUAGUCGGUUGGAGCCGCUGGGGGGAAAGGUGUGGCACUAGGAACCAACAAAGCUAAUUGGGAUGUUUGGUGUCGUUGACGGUGCGGCCGCCGAAUUUGGUGCAGUGAGCGAUGUCGAUGGUGUGGCAAAAGGAAGGAACCUUUGCUGCCAAUCUGCAUCAAGUGUUGUCCGCAGACGAGGCGACAUCCCUAGAAUCGUAGGUGGAGUAGGAGGUUGGUUGGUGGAGGUCGUGAGGGGAGAGGGAGAGGAAAGGGAUUAGGGGAAAUUAGAUUCCCUUUAAUAGACUAUUUGGAGGGAGAGUUUCCACAUCCAUCAAAAUAGAACAACUAGGUCAUGCCAAUUAGAUUCUCACUAAUCGAUAAUGAUCCAAUAUAGUAUUGUAGUUCGAUUUCAGCUCGAUCCAUGGACCCACAAUGGAGAAUUGAGAAAUUGCUCUUAUUAACCUAAUUGGAUAUUCUCUAUCUUAGGUUAAUAGCAAUAAUUAUAGAGUUUGAUCAAUAACAAAUUGCAUGAAAUACCUCAAUUUUUUCUAUAAUCAAGAGUUCAAACAAGCAAAGAAAUCAUUCAAUAAUCUAAUCAAACAUACAAAGUUAGAAUACUACAACAGCCAAGUGAGAGUUCUACUCCAUAGAGAGAUAGACAAACACAAAUUCAAGAAGAAAAAUCAUCAUUGAGGAAUGGGUUCUUCCUCUUGAUCUUCAAUCUCCAACCCUUGAUGAUGAAUCUAGCCACCUAGGGAUCUCACUCGCCACUUUAUCUCUCUACCAGCAGUUGCCCAGUUUCUCACUCUAGAAUCCUCUCUUUCAAAUUUGGUUUCAGCUCCUAGUCAUAGCCAUAAGUGUCGUAGUCACGGUUGAACGUCACGGUCGUGACAUUUACAACCAAACCACGACAUUGGUCCAAAGUGUGUCAUUUUACUCAUGGUUCUAAAAAGCGCGUCUAGACAGGCGUCAUGAUCAUUUUGUAGCCUUAGUGACGUCUAGUCAGCAUUGAGUUGUACUGCAAAAGAUGUCACGAUGUUUUUUUCUACCUUUUGAUAUGCUACUAAUGAUGACGGUCUUGAUUUCUCUAUAGUUAGGCUAAGAUAUUAUUAGAGACACCCAUCUUUAGUGUAGUGUCUUCUUUCUUUUUUGUGCUUCUUCUCUCUCAAUCUCUUUCGCUAUUUUCAAGCUUCUUCUUCCUUACUUAUUUCUCUACAUUAUGUUUUAUAUUUUACCAUGUGUUGUUAAUGAAAGUUUGGAAAUGAGAGGUAGAUGUGAUGAUAUUGGUUCAAAAACUUGUGAUUUUAGGCAAGUGUGAUAUUUUGCUACGUUUACAUAUAACGCCUAGACACCCCCUAGGCAAUGCCUAAGCAUGCUAGGCGCAACGUAGAGCCUCAAUAUCCGCCUUACACCUAGCGCUUUCUUAAACCUUGGUUUUACUUACAUAUCUCACAACUUAGGAAGUUACACUACCAUAGUAGUCAUAAGACCCUUUCGGUGCCAACAUACACUUCAGCCACACUAAUAUAGUUUUCAUUCAUAAGCUGAAACAUCAUGUCAACUAUAUCAUCGUCAUUGUUGAAUGAUUCUUCAUAUAUAAUAUACAAUGCUAUAUAGUAUUGGUGCUAUAGGUUUUUGCCUUGAUGGUAUAACUUAAAAUUGUACAUUUAUGUUAUGGUACAACUUUAGAUUGUACCUAUACUUUUUGUACAAAUUCUUUUAUGGUACAACUUGAACUUGUACAUUUAUCUGAUGGUACAACUUCAAGUUGUAAAGUUGUACCAUAACAUAAUGAUACAAAUUGCUUUAUGGUACAACCUAAACUUAUACAUUUAAUGUUAUGGUACAACUUUGAGUUGUACAUUAAAGCACCAAUACUAUA